AUGAGUAAACAGGGCAAUAUUAAAGUAAUCCGUCAUCCCGAUCAUCAUCGGAUUAGUAUGGAUUUAUUUUGGACGCAUCAUGAGAAAAUGUUGAUUAUUGAUCAGAAAAUUGCAUUUGUUGGUGGCCUAGAUUUAUGUUUUGGUCGAUGGGACGAUGAAUUUCAUCGUCUAACCGAUUUAGGUAAGACGAAUGAUACACUAUCGGAUAUAGUAUCCGAAAUUGCUCAAGAAAGAAAAGAAAUCGAUGACGAAUUAUCGAUCGAAACAUUUGAACAAGUGACAGAAAAAAUUGUCCAAAAUGCGGACCAAAUUCAAGUAACGACUUGUUCUUCAAUUGAAAGUAUUGAAGGCCAGAAAGGGAGUCGAAACGAAGAACAAUCGAAAAAGUCUCAAUCGAUGAUGGAUACCAAAACUCGAUAUUUUAUUGGCAAAGAUUAUUCCAAUCUCUACAAGAAAAAGAUGAAAGCUGUCGAAAAAUACUAUCAAGAUUUCAUCGAUCGAACAGUUGUACCGCGUGCACCUUGGCACGAUGGAGGGUUGGUAGUCUUCGGUGAAGUAGCACGAGAUGCAGCACGACAUUUUAUACAACGCUGGAAUAUUCAUAAGUACGAAAAAUAUCUCAACAACAAAUCGUAUCCAUUCUUGUUGCCAAAGACCUAUGAUAAUAAAGAAGAAUUAACUGUAGAAAAUUGGAAAGAAUUUCUAAACAGUGAACCGUAUAAGAUUGAUGCUCAAUGUGUUCGUUCGAUUGGUCCAUGGUCAGCAGGUACGAGAAUUACCGAAAUAUCGAUUCAGAAUGCUUACAUAGAAAUGAUCAAUGCUGCCAAAUAUUUCAUCUAUAUUGAGAAUCAGUAUUUCGUCACACUCACUAAUAGCUCGAAGAUUCACAAUCAAGUAGGAGACGCUCUUUAUCAACGAGUUCUACGUGCACAUACAUCGGCAGAAAAAUUUCGUGUAUACAUACUACUUCCACUCUUACCUGGUUAUGAUAAUGCAAAUACUAUUCGAGCCACACUCUAUUACACUAUGCAAUCGAUCACCAAGACUGAAAAAUCACUAUUCAAACGACUUGAAGCAGCGGGUGUUCCACCCAAUGAUUAUAUUAGUUUCUUUGGUAUGCGACAAUACGAUAGACUGAUGGAUAAUUUAGUGACGGAAAUAGUCUAUGUGCAUUCGAAAUUUAUGAUUAUCGAUGAUCGAAUGGCAAUAUGUGGUAGUGCUAAUAUUAAUGAUCGUUCGUUACUCGGUAAACGCGAUAGUGAAUUUUGUGUGGUAAUAAAUGAUAUUGAAGAGGAAGAGUGUCAUUUUGAUGGUCAAUUAGUUCGUGUUGGAAAAUUUUGUUCUAGCUGGCGUAGAAAACUUUUUUCAAUGUUGCUUGGUACUCUAUGGGAGAAUAAAUAUAAUAUCGAGGUGAACGAUCCAAUUUCAGACGAAUUCUACAAUUAUUUUCGACAAGCAGCGCGUACGAAUAUGUUGAUCUACGAAGAAGUUUUUGCACCAGUGCCAACCAAUUGUGUUCGACGAAUUGAUCAAAUUGACGAAUAUAUGAGAAGGCCGAAACUCAAAGAUGUCGAUCCUCAGAAUGCUCAAGAGAAAUUGGAUUGCAUUCGAGGUCUAGUAGUCGAAUAUCCAAUUUACUUUCUUGAUGAAGAAGAUUAUCAACCCAGGUAUCUAACACCUGAAGGUCUGGCUCCAUACUUCGUGUGGACAUAA